AUGGAAAGAGGGAAUUGGACAGUGGUGACUGAGUUUAUUCUUGUGGGGAUGCCAACGACCAGAGCCCUUGGGGUCCUCUUGUUCAUGAUUUUCUUAUUGGCCUAUUUGGUGACAGUCCUUGGAAACACCGUCAUCAUUACCCUGAUCCUCCUGGAUUACAGGCUUCACUCACCCAUGUAUUUCUUUCUCAGCAAUCUCUCUUUCAGUGAAGUAUUAACUGCCACCUCUGCUGUUCCCAAGAUGCUGGCAGGCUUCCUGUCAGAAAGAAAGAGCAUUUCAUUUAGUGGAUGCCUCACCCAGUUGUGUUUCUACUUCCUUUCUGGAUGCACUGAGUUCAUAAUUUUUGCAGUCAUGUCCUAUGAUCGCUAUGUUGCAAUUUGCAGCCCCGUCCAGUAUCCUGUAAUUAUGACCAGCUCACUCUGUGUGCGUCUUGUUAUCCUCUCAUGGGUGGGUGGCUUUCUCCUCAUUCUCCCAUCCAUUGCCGUUAAGGCUGGGCUUCCAUACUGUGGCCCCAAUGUGAUCAAUCACUUUUUCUGUGACAGUGCCCCACUCCUCCACUUGGCCUGCGCUGACAUCCGUGUCAUUGAACUCUUGGACUUCCUCAGCUCCCUUGUCCUGCUCCUCAGCUCCCUCUCCCUCACCGUGGUCUCCUAUGUUUACAAUCUCCACCAUUCUGAAGAUACCCUCAGGACAAGGUCAAUGCAAAGCCUUUGCCACCUGUGCCUCUCACUUCACUGUGGUCUCCAUGGGCUAUGGGAUCUCCAUUUUUGUCUAUGCCCGGCCCUCCCAGAAGAGCAGCUUGCAUCUUAA